AUGGGGGAAAAAGCAACUCCGGAGUCGCUGAUUCCGCGAUUCCAAAUCGAGAGGUUAUUGAAUCAAGAUCAAAAUGGCCGCCGGAUCGCCAUGCUGGGCCAUAUCGACGGACAGCAAGGCAUCCUGAUCGCGGAGCGAGCAGCCUUCGCAACUGAAUCUCUCGAAGUGCUGCGCGCCUUCCACGCGGCCAUCACGCGGGUCAGGAAUCUCGGCGACAACGACAUCUACCGGUGGUACAUGGCCUGCUCUUCUUCGGGGUCAGGCUCAGACUCAGGCUCAGGCGACGACAACCCGCCAGAUCUCAAGCUGAACCUGAUCUGGCCGUGCACGGAACAGCACAUCAGGAAAUACUCGGCGCAGCAGGUCCGCAUGGUGACCGAGACGCCGCAGAUCUACAGAGACUAUGUCAGGCCGUACAUGCGGCAGAAACGUGAGGAAGGGCGGCUGAACUGGGUGUUCAACAUCCUCGAGGGGAGGACGGAGCAGGAGGACGUCAUCCUGCGCGACAACCAGCACGGGCCCGAGGACGGCUUCCUGAUGCUGCCGGACCUCAACUGGGACCGCAAGACGAUCGGAUCGCUGCAUCUGCUGGCCCUCGUCGAGCGCCGCGAUAUCUGGAGCCUGCGCGAUCUGAAGAAAAAGCACAUCCCGUGGCUGCGCUACCUACAAAAGAGGCUACUGGAAGCUACGGUGAAGAUGUACCCUGAGCUCGAGGAGGAUCAUCUGAAGCUCUACGUUCACUAUCAACCAACCUACUACCACUUCCAUGUCCACGUGGUCAACGUCAUGCUGGAAGCCGGCACUACUCAGGCGACUGGAAAAGCCUUUGGCUUGGAGAACAUCAUCUCGCAGCUGGAGACGAUCGCGGGAGACGAAGACGCGGGCAUGGCGGAUGUUAGUCUGUCUUACUUUAUCGGCGAAGCCAGCGAGAUAUGGACGCAUAUCUUUGAGCCGCUGAAAAGAGGCGAAAAGCCGAAGAUUGAAUGA